AACAACAACGACAACAGCAGCAGCAGCAAACGACAAACAGCACCGCCCCAUCCUUGUAUAAUAGCACACCAUCUCUUACGCCAGACCAAAACAACUACUGUGAUUACUUGUAUCAUGUUGGAUUCUGUCAAGAACUUUUUUUCGGAUAUCACCGUCAAUGUUCCUGCGGUCCAAAAGUCUUACGCCUUACACUCCCUUAUCCUUACCCGGUCUCCGGUGCUGUACCGACAUUUACUCGGUCUGAGCGUACAUCAGCCUCCGUUAGUGAUGGACUUGGACAUUGUUGCCUCGCCCGAAACAAUUCAUACAGUCAUUGGACAUCUCUACCGACCCUUGACACAGCAGGACUUGUUCUUUAUCGUCAACGAAAAGCCCCAGUUGUGCUUUGACUUGCUGGAUGCGACACAGGAACUAGAAUUACAAUCACUGCAACGUGAGCUAGUGUAUGUCAUGGGCCAGAGCUUCAAUCAGAACACGAUAUUAUACUGGAUUUCAGCACUAUUAUCCUCCUCGUCACAGCAACAACUUCCUCCUCCUCCUCCUCCUCCUCAUCACCACCAUCACCAACACCGUUCUCAACCUCGACGCCUAUGGGCCGACCUACUCGAUCAUCAUAUCGUUCAGUAUUUGGUAUCGGGUUUACCACGGCAACUAAACAAACAACCACCGCCUACUUCUUCCUGCGAUAACAACAGCAAAGAACAUGACGGCGGCGACAACAACGAAUCUGCCAAAGUCAACUUUGGAACAUGCGUCCAUGUAGCAGAUCCGACAGGAGGAUGGCACAACACCGUUGAAGAGUGGGCAAGACUGUAUGCAGAAUUGCCCUUGGAAUAUUUGAAAAGAUGCCUGGAACACAGUGAUCUCAUGGUGAAAGAUACGGUUGAGCGGUACAAGUUUGCGAAACAGGUGCUUGAAUUCCGUGAGCAGUUAGGAAAAUGUGGUCUCACGGUCCUUUUACAGUUCUGCGACAGCAACAACGACUGUGGAAUUCUGGUUGUUAAGAAGCAAGCAUCAAAGUUUGGAAAGUGGGAUCCCUCACGCGAUUCUAGUAUCUAAUAGUUCUUAAACUAUGUUGUAUACCUCUUCAACCUUACACGCAAAACAUAAACCCCAUUUUCACCCACCACCCAUGCACACACAACAGCUCAACACUCUUUCCAGAAAACAGCGCAUUCGCCAAUGACAUCUUUACUCCUUCACACACACUAUCUCUCCCCUGACAGAAGCAAGAACAGCAAAGCACACACACAUCCCUGGCUUGCUCUCUUUCGCUCCAAACAAUAUAUACACACUUUGCAUAUCCUGGUUUUUCUAGUAAGAAAAAAUAAAGUACGAG